AUGUCGCAGUAUCUCCCUCAGAUUUCAUCCGAGUCCCUUUCGGAUAAGAUUGUUCUCAUUACUGGUGGCGCAAAUGGAAUCGGCGCAAGUCUAGUACAACAAUGUCUUGAAAGUGGUGCCAAUGUCUGCUUUGGUGACCUUGACAACAUCGAAGGAGAGCGCCUGCUGAGAAAGUCUCUCGAAAGAUUCCCUUCAGAGGAAUCAGGCCAGGCCCCGCGGGUAAUCUUCCAAUCAACAGAUGUCACCAAUUAUCAAUCAGUAUUGAGCCUGUUCGAUUUGGCUUUCAAUACUUACAAGCGCAUUGACCAUGUUGUCUCUGCGGCUGGAAUCGUGGAAAUCGGGAACUGGUUCGAUUUUGGGCUCACAUUGGAAACUGUUCGUCAGACACCCACCCACAAAGUACUUGAUGUCAACCUCAUCGGCUCAAUGUACGUUGCCCGCAUUGCCUCGGUCUAUCUUCGCCAUAACCGCGGUCCCCGCGUAGGCCGCUCUAUUCUCCUGUUUUCAUGUUCCGCCGGAUUCAAAGACAGUCCCUCUCUAUUCGUCUACCAGGCCUCGAAGCAUGGUGUAGUGGGCCUGAUGCGCUCUCUGCGCAGCUACAUCUCCUCUCCAUACAAGCACAAUAUCCGCAUCAACACAAUUUGUCCCUGGAUGACUGAAACCGAAACUAUCAAAAAGAUCGAGCAGCAGUGGAAACAAGCUAGUUUGCCAACAAAUACACCACGGGAGGUUUCCACAAUCGCAACUAGCAUGCUAGUCGAUGCAUCUCUGAAUGGUCAGUCCAUGUUUGUGGAAGGUGGACGUGCCUGGGAAAUUGAACAAAAUAUUGAGCGCCUCGAAGCUCAGUGGCUUGGCGAAGCUCCCUCCAAGUCUCUUGCUGCGGGCCAGCAAUUACUCGAUGAUGGUUCCGUCUGGACAGCUACUCCUCGUAAGCGGAGCAGUAUUUCUGUGGAUGGCAUACCACCUGGUGUUCCUCUUGCUAAGAUCAAUGGCAUUGAUGGACAUAAGAAUAGCUUCCCCAAUGGCUUGACCAACGCCAACGGACACGCUGCUCCUCUUACCAAUGAAAUUCAUUGA